CGCGGCUGGGCGGCCGCCGCCACAUCCUCCCCUUCCUCCUCCUCCCGGUCCAAGCCAGCCGAGUGGGGCCAGGGCCAGGGCCGAGCCGAGGGCUCCGAGGGUGCGGGCGGAGCGAGGCACAGAGCCAUGGCGCACCAGACGGGCAUCCACGCCACUGAGGAGCUGAAGGAAUUCUUUGCCAAGGCACGGGCUGGCUCUAUCCGGCUCAUCAAAGUCGUCAUUGAGGACGAGCAGCUUGUGCUGGGUGCCUCACGGGAGCUGGCGGGCUGCUGGGACCAGGACUAUGACAGGGCUGUGCUGCCGCUGCUGGAUGCCCAGCAGCCCUGCUACCUGCUCUACCGCCUGGACUCGCAGAACGCCCAGGGCUUCGAGUGGCUCUUCCUCGCCUGGUCACCUGAUAAUUCCCCUGUGCGACUGAAGAUGCUGUAUGCAGCCACACGAGCCACAGUGAAGAAGGAGUUUGGGGGCGGCCACAUCAAGGAUGAGCUCUUUGGGACUGUGAAGGAUGACCUCUCCUUUGCUGGGUACCAGAAGCACCUGUCGUCCUGUGCGGCACCUGCCCCGCUGACCUCGGCCGAGAGAGAGCUUCAGCAGAUCCGUAUUAAUGAGGUAAAGACAGAGAUCAGUGUGGAGAGCAAGCACCAGACCCUACAGGGCCUCGCCUUCCCACUGCAGCCUGAGGCCCAGCGGGCACUUCAGCAGCUCAAGCAGAAGAUGAUCAACUACAUCCAGCUGAAGCUGGACCUGGAACGGGAGACAAUCGAGCUGGUGCACACAGAGCCCACGGAUGUGGUCCAGCUGCCCUCGCGGGUGCCCCGAGAUGCUGCCCGCUACCACUUCUUCCUCUACAAGCAUACCCAUGAGGGUGACCCCCUCGAGUCUGUGGUGUUCAUCUACUCAAUGCCGGGGUACAAGUGCAGCAUCAAAGAGCGCAUGCUCUACUCCAGCUGCAAGAGCCGCCUCCUCGACUCUGUGGAGCAGGACUUCCAGCUGGAGAUCUCCAAGAAGAUUGAGAUUGGCGACGGGGCAGAGCUGACGGCCGAGUUCCUCUAUGACGAAGUGCACCCCAAGCAACAUGCCUUCAAGCAGGCCUUCGCCAAGCCCAAGGGCCCAGGGGGCAAGCGGGGCCACAAGCGCCUCAUCCGUGGCCCCGGCGAGAAUGGGGAUGACAGCUAGGUGGCGGGCCCUGAGCCAAGCUGGCGUGUGGACUGUGAGGCCACCUACCCUCCACCCCUCUGCUCACGGCCACCUCCCUCCUUCCCAGCCUGGGCUCUGGGAGUGGGGGUUGCCUCUCAUGAAGCAGGAAGGCUGGUGACUGAACACUUUUGCAGCUUCCAAGGGCCACUGGGCUGGCAUUUUGUGACACCCCCCCUUGCCACUGCUGUCACUGCCUUUCAUCUGUGUGCCCAGGGCAUCUGGGGACCCUGCCUGGCUAGCUCAAGGGGCUGGAUGGGGGCCCUGGCAUGAGCCUGGCCCCCAGGGGAACUGCGACUAGGGUCCCAGCACAGCCCAGAAGCCUUUGGCCACAAGGGGUGGGGUCAAUCAGGGCUGGGGCAGGGGAUCACUGCAGGACAAGAUGGUUGAAUGCUGUAUUUUUUAAAGAAUAAAAUAUUUUUAAAUCAA